AUGAGUGUGGACAACAAAUCGGAUUUACAAAAGCUUUUUGUAGAAUCAUUGGCAAACGAUAAUAUUUUUAUGGUGGCAACGACUGUAGAUACAGGUUUCGAGUGGCAAGCAGUAGAUGAAUGCAAAGAAAAAUUAGAUAAAAAUGUUAAAAUUGUCAAAGAACGUGGAAAAAUCUAUUUUAAUGUACAUUGGAACCAAUUUGCACUGGUACAAGAGAUGAGAUCAAUAGACAAUGUGUUUAUUGUCGCAGAUGUUAGACAAUUUGAGUUUACUGGGACUAAUAAAGAAGCUCAUUUGCAGUUAUUUAAAGAUGCUGUGCACAAUGAUAUGAAAAUGGAAAAAUCUUUAAAUGCUUGGAGACAUAUUACUGGUUUCCAAGGGAAAAUAUAUCCAACUAAUGAAGAAUAUAAUUUGGCAGAAAAAGAUUGCAAAGUCUCUAACACAAUUGUUGAAUCUUCAACAGUUAAAGGAAGGAAAAGAGGUCAAGAUCCAUCUGACACUAAGGAAGAUGAAAUUUUAAGAUAUAGAGUAACAUGUGAAAGGACUGGCAAACACAAUUUUGAAUCAUCUGAUGUUGCCAGAGUUAUUGGAGGAGAAUUGCAAGAUAAAUACCUAUGGCUUGUAGAUUUAUCUACAUAUUAUUUAGAAGUACUUUGUAAAUUAGUUAACAAUGAACUGGUAACACACUUACGUGUUACACAUGAAUCUAAACACCGUAGAAAUAUCAUGUGCUUUGGACCAACUACACUUAGAGCAACUGUGUGUUAUAAUUUGUUAAGAUUAGCUCAGCCUAAUCCAGGGGAUAUAAUAAUUGAUCCAAUGUGUGGUGGGGGUUCCAUUCCAAUAGAGGCAGUUUCAGCUUAUUCACAUUCUUAUGUUAUUGCUGGAGACAAUCAUCCAAAAGCUGUACUUAGAACAAAGUCUAACAUUGAUGCAUCUUUUGCUACAUGUAAAAUUGAUUUAUUACACUGGAGUGCAUCACAAUUACCACUUAAAGAUUCAUUAGUUGAUAUUGUUGUUACAGAUAUGCCAUUCGGAAAAAGAAGUGGGCGAAUGACAGAUAAUAGAAUACUUUACAAACAAUUCUUAACAGAAUUAGGACGAGUUAUGAAACCUAUAAGAGGCCGAGCAGUAUUACUCACUUACGAUAGACGUAGCUUUAGUGUGGCUUUACAAACAGCUGGUGAUCUAUUUCGUGUAACAAAAACUUUAGGUGUUAAUAUAGGCGGCCUCCAAGCUGUAGUUUAUGUCUUAAAAAGAACAGACACGCCUUACGAGCAAUUCAAACCCAAAAUUGGUAAGCACACAAUAUGCAAAAGUGAAUAA